GAGAUCAUAGCUUUAAUAAUGACAUGGGCGAUUGUAUUCACCAUCGCGAGUAUGAAUAUCCUCGGCCUAGGGUUUGGUCCAGCCGGAGUAGGCGCUGGAACAUUGGCGGCCGCUUUCCAGUCUUGUGUGUACGGAGCUUUCACCCCAGCAGGGGGAUUAUUCGCAACAUUGACAAGCAUGGCCAUGUUGGGAACAUUGAUGCCAUGGGCUGCUGUCGUUUCUGGGGUUCUUGCAACAUUAGUCACGGGUCUUGUGUGGGAAUAUGGUGUAGAUCGAUAG